AUGGAAGAACCUACUAAAUCAGACAUUGAUGCAAUUUUUAAACGAUUAAGAGCAAUUCCUGCUAAUAAGAUGUGUUUCGAUUGUGAUUCAAAAAAUCCCACCUGGGCAUCAAUUACAUAUGGUGUAUUUUUAUGUAUUGAUUGUUCGGCAAGACAUCGUGGUCUUGGUGUUCAUUUAUCAUUUAUUCGUUCAACUAAUCUUGAUACUAAUUGGGGAUGGGUUCAACUUCGAGCUAUGCAAGUUGGUGGAAAUGCUAAUGCUGAAGCAUUUUUUCAACAACAUGGCUGUCAAUCAAAAGAUAUUCAGCAAAAAUAUAAUAGUCGAGCGGCACAACUUUAUCGUGAAAAACUUCAUCAACUUGCUACUAAAGCAAUGAAACAAUAUGGAACUAAACUUUUUCUUGAUGAUGGACAUAAGAAUGAACAUAGUCAAUUGACAGGUGAAAAGAAAGAAGGUGAUUUCUUUCAUGAACAUUCUCAAGUAUUAACUAAAACUGGUUGGGAUGAUAGUAUAACAGCUUCUUCACAUUCCAGUAAUCAAAGUCUUGAUAAGACUGAACAACAAACAGAAGGACCAUCUGUUGAUCCAAGUAUUUUGAAUAAUGAUGGUUCAGUAAAAACACUCGAUCCAAAAAAAACAACUAUUGGUCAACGGCGAGCACCAGCAGCGAAAAAGAAAGGUUUUGGUGCACAAAAAGUAACAACUGAUUUCAAAGAAAUCGAACGUAAUGUUCAAGAACAAGAAAAAUUACGUGAACAACAAGUUCAUUUUGAACUUAAAAAUCGUGAAGAAACCGAAAAACAAAUUGAAAAACAAAUGGCAAAUCUUAAAUUUGCUUAUCAAGAUAUUAAUAAACAACGUGAAGUAGAAGAAGCCAAAUUAAAACAAUCAAAUCCUAAGAAAGCUGAACAAAUGGAACGUCUUGGCAUGGGUUUUGGUAGUCGAAGUGGUGUAAGUCAUAGUGCUAUGACUGAUAUGCAAACAAUUCAACAAGAAGGUGUAACAGCAACAAGAAAUGUUUCUCUUGCACCACGAAAUCGAGAUUUUUUUGAUGAUUUUGAACCAUCUGGUUUUAGUAGUCGAUCAAAUUAUGAUAUGUUAUCAUCGAAAGAUGAUGAUCAAAAUGAUGAGAGUUCUAAUAAACUAGAUGAUGAUUUAUUUAAACCAAAAUCAUCAUCAAAAAAUACGGAUACAUUCAAUACUGAUUGGGAAAUUAUUGAUCGAAACACUCCAACUAAAGAUUUUGGAUUUAGUGGAACGAAUAGUUCAUCAUAUUCCAUUAAUGAUACUGCUAGUACAUCAUCCAAAUCAAAAAAUCAAUCAUCUACAUCUUAUGGCGAAGGAAAUAAUAGUGAUGCACAAAAACGUUUUUCCAAUGCUAAAGCUAUAUCAAGUGAUCAAUUUUUUAAUAAAGAUUCCGAUAAUCAAAACAAUGUAAUAUCACGCUUUCAAGGAAACACAAGUAUUUCAAGUGAAGAGUUUUUUGAUGAUCCAAAUAAAAGAAAACAAGAUCGUUCAACUUAUCACGGUCCUGAUUUAUCAGGCAUGACAACUGAUUUUAAAGACGGUGUCUCAAAAGCAGCUACUAAAUUAUCAUCAUUAGCCAGUAGUGUUAUGUCAAGCAUUCAGGAUCGACAUUAA